AUGAGCCAACAACUAGUAUUACGCUCUCUAAGACACUCGCCAUGCUUCUCGCGCUUUUGUUCUUCUUCCAAAAUUCCACUAUUACACCACCAAACUCAUCAUCUUCUUCAAACACCAUCCUCAUCACCACAACCCACAAAACCUCGUUGUUUCACAGUCACUGUAUCCCGCGGAAGCCUCAGAAGAGGCCAUGUUCCACCACCCACUACUACCCAACUCAAAGAUAAAGCUCCUGAACAAGAACAACAAGAAGAUUCUUCCAUUAAGAGCCGCAACCAAUUGAAGCGUGAAGCUAGACGUGCUGUCAAAUGGGGAAUGGCUUUAGCUUCCUUCUCUUCUCCCCAAAUCAAACGCAUCCUCAGGGUGGUUUUGUUGGACCAUAUUGUUUUUGAAGCUAUUGCGUUGGUUAAGGUGUUUGUUGUUUUGCCGCAGAGAAUGGGGCCAGAUAUUCGCGAAGGAAGGCGGCGCCAGUUCAGUUAUAUAGGAAAAUUGCUACGGGACGUGGAACCGGAAUUAAUGGACCGAUUAAUAAAAGCAACAAAGGAUUCUGAUCACAAGGAGCUGCAAGCUUUAACAGGCUUGGGGUCCUAUGAUCCUGAAGAUGAUGAUGAGAACUUGAUAGAAACUGAAGAAGAGGAGGAGGAUGAGGAAUAUAGAUUAUAUGAUGAUAGUCAAGUAAUAAGGUGGUUUGAUGGUUUGAUCAGCAAGAACAUUCAAAUCACCAAUGAAGUUUAUUCUGUUCAAGGUGUUGAGUUUGACCGUCAGGAGUUGAGAAAGCUCGUACGUAAAGUGCACUCUGCUCAAGAAAUGAAGGCUACUAAUGAAGAAGAGGAGGAAAAAAUCAAGAUAUUAGAGAUUAAGGCUAAGAAGAACCUCACUCGUUUCCUUCGUAUUCUUUCGAAAAAUAUUGUUAAUGAACAUUCUUAA